AUGCUUGAAUCGAUUGUACCUUUGCUUCUAGCAAACUGGCCGUAUGCUGUGGUGGUAGUUGGCAUCGCAUAUCUCCUGAGCAACUAUUUCAAUCAUGGACUAAACAAAUAUCCUGGACCGGUGUUGGCGAGAUUUACUAACUGGUGGAGAGUUGUUGAUGUAUAUGGACGGCGACCCGAUAUCACACAUCUCGCGUUGCACCGCAAACAUGGUGACAUCGUGAGGCUAGGACCCAAUUCUCUGUCAUUCGCAAACCCCAAAACUUUGAAGACGAUAUACGGAUUGAACAAGGGCUUCACAAAGUCCGGAUUCUACCCAGUACAACAGGCCGUCAGCGAGGGCAAACGGCUACCGUCUUUAUUCUCCACAGUGGAUGAGUCGUACCAUGCAAACCUCCGCAGAUCAGUCAACAACGCCUUUUCUAUGAGCCAGUUGGUCAACUAUGAGCCCUCGGUAACGGAGACUGUGGAGUUAUUCUUGGAUCAGACAGAGAAGCUCUAUGCCAAUCCCAACAAAGUCUGCGACUUUGCCGAGUGGUUGCAAUUCUUUGCUUUUGAUGUCAUCGGCCAGAUCACCUACAGCAAGCGCCACGGAUUUCUAGAGAAUAAUGUGGAUGUGGACGGCAUGAUUGGCUACCUCGGGAGGCUAUUCUCCUAUGUUGCUCCAGUCGGCCAAAUGCCAUUCCUCGACCUUCUUUUCCUCAAGAACCCACUUGUACUUCUCCUGGACAAGUUCGGAUUUAAACCACUUGCGUUUCCUGUUGCUACUUUCGCCAAGCAACGAAUGGCAGAGCGCUUCAAGGAGAUGGAAGCCCAGGGAAUUGAAAAGGGCACUGCCAAACCUGAUCUCCUCUCCAUGUUCCUCAAGGCACAGAAUGAUCGUCCAGAGUUCAUGACUGAUCAGCGUGUUCUCACCAUGGCAGUUUCGAUGGCAUUCGCUGGCUCAGAGACGACAGCUAUUAGCUUGGCUGCUGUAUUCUAUUAUCUCCUGAGAAACCCUCCGGCAUAUCAGAAAUUGAUGCAAGAGUUGGAUGAAGCGGUCGAGGAGGGCAGGAUCGCGGAUUCUCCAGCUGGUACGGUGACAUGGGCCGAGUCUCAGAAACUUCCUUACCUAGAUGCUUGCAUCAAAGAGGCUUUUCGAAUGCACCCUGCCGCUGGCCUGCCUCUCGAGCGUAUAACUCCGCCACAGGGUAUUGAGAUUGAUGGGCAUUUCAUUCCCGGCGGCACAAUCGUCGGAUGUAAUGCCUGGGUCAUCCACAAACGAGAGGAGAUCUUCGGGUCGCAAGUUGACACCUUCAUUCCUGAACGAUGGCUGGACGCCACUCCCGAGCAACUGAAGGAGAUGAACGGUACACUCUUCCAAUUCGGUGCUGGGGCCAGAACGUGCAUCGGCAAGAAUAUCAGUCUAUUGGAGAUGUACAAGCUGAUACCUGCGUUCUUGAGGCGAUUCGAGGUCCAAUUUGAUGAUCCCAGUAAAGAUUGGAAACUGCAUAAUGGCUACAUUGAGACCUUCCUCAAUGUUUGA